AUGACUUGUUUGAAAGAGGAGACGGCGAGGACUUUUUGGGUUUCUCCGGAUAUUGGUUAUUCUUUUUCUAAUUCAAGGGGAAUGUCCGGGGGUUUGUUAAUAUUGUGGAAAGAGGAAAAAGUUGAAGUCAUUAGUAGUUUUAAAGGAGAUGGUUUUUUGGGAAUUAAAGUUAUAUGGAAGGGGGAUUGUUAUUAUGUCGUUAAUGUUUACUCAUCUUGUGAGUCGAAUAAAAAAAGAAUUUUAUGGAAUGAAUUGUUAAGGUUGAAGGAUGUAUUUGUGGAUGGAGAGUGGAUUUUAGGUGGUGACUUUAACGUGAUUAAAGAAAGGAGGGAGAGAAAAGGGAGAUCGGGGUUGGUGAAUCACUUAGAGGCCGGUUUGUUUGAAGAUGUUAUCAAUAAAAGUUUGUUGGUGGAUGUUCCUUGCAAAGGGAAGAAGUUUUCUUGGUAUAGCGGGGACGGAAAGUUUAUUAGUAGAAUAGAUCGUGUUCUUGUGGCGGCAAAUGUGAAGGAGUGGUUGAAAUUUAAAGUCAAAGGGAGGGGCGAUUUUGUUCUUAAAGAAAAGCUUAGGCUUUUAAAGGACAAAUUAAGGGAGUGGAAUAGGGAUGUUUUCAGUAAGUAUGAUUUGGAGAUGGAGGAAGGUGUGCGUGACUUGAAUUGGGCGGAUGGGAGAUUGGAGGUGGAAAUGGACGCGGAUUUAAUUGGUGAUAUUGUAGAAAAGAGGAGGGAAGCCUCUAGUCGGAUUUGGAGAAACUUGAAAAUUAAAGAGAAUAUGAUUCUUCAAAAGUCAAGACUGAGAUGGAUAAAAGAAGGAGAUGCGAAUAAAAGAAGGAGUUGCGAAUAG